AUGGCAUCUUUUAGCCCACUUGUUGCUAUUCUUAAUCAAAACAAACUGACUGGAUCCAAUUAUGUUGAUUGGAAAAGAAACUUGGACAUUGUUCUCACUGCUGAAGAGCACAAAUGCUCCUUUGAGGAAAAACAACGAUAUGAUCAUUGGCAGAAAUCUAAUGAGAUGGCCAAAUGCUAUAUCCUAGCAUCUAUCUCAAAUAUUCUACAACAUCAAAUGCAAGAUGUAGAACUAGCUUCGGACAUAAUGCUAAGUCUGAAGGAAAUGUUUGGUGAGCAAGGCCAUUUUGCAAGGAAAGAAACUAUGAGGCAAAUUUAUAAUACCAAAAUGGCUGAAGGCACUUCAGUAAGGGAGCAUUGUCUUAGGAUGAUCUCUCAUCUGAAUACACUGGAGUUUUUAGGUGCCGAUAUUGAUGGAGAAUCCCAAGUGGAUAUGAUACUCCAGUCACUACUAGAAUCAUUCAAGGAAUUCAGACUUAAUUAUAACAUGAACAAAAAGAUUUAUAUGUUGUCUGAAUUAAUGAAUGAAUUGGUGGCGGCGGAAGGCAUUCUUGGUACAUCUAGUGUUGAUGUUAAUAUGGCUGAAGCUUUUACUUUUCAACUUAAGUUGAAAGGCAAGGGUAAAAGGAAGAAGAAUAAGGACUUUACCAAGCAAGACGGUAAACAAAUUGCUUUAGGAGUUGCCAACAAGGGAAAGAAGAAGGACUACACUAAAGGAAAGUGUUUCCAUUGUGGUGAGAAAGGUCAUUAG